CUUAGAAGCUGCCAAGGUUGGGAAACACGACGCUGAGGACUAGCCGCUUCUGCAAGCAAGGACGUUUCCAGCGUCCGUCUACCCCGAAAGCUGAUGAGACCGCGAAGCGAAGUUUUCAUCACUUCCCCGUUCUUCCUGCCUCCUUCAUUCCGCCGCUGCUGCGUCACUCGCCGAAACUUCUCUAAAAAAGAAGGACGUUUUUCUGCAAGUGAUGCCCGGGGUGGAGCCAGGCCAGCUGGAAGAAGGGGGUGGAUUUCAAACAUAAGCAGAGCGCGAGAAGGAAGGAACCGCAGAGUCCUCCCCCUCGGGCUGCAAGAAUUGCUCCAGGAUCCACUCGCUUUGCGGAUUACCAGCUGGCUCUUUACGCCGCCCUCGCCGCCGCCCCGGGUCCCGUUCAAGCAUCCUGAAUCCAUGAAUUGCUUCUGGACCGGCGUUUUGUUCUCCUUGAUGGUGACGGACGUUGCUGCCCUUCAGUGCUACUCCUGUAACGGGAACAGCGACUGCCGGGAUACGGAGACAUGUAAAGAACACCAGCAGAUGUGCAAAACCACCAUCAUGACCAUAAUAAGCCGACCCAAGAUCUCCACCUACUUCCUCAAGGGCUGUGAUGUCAGUGGAAAGCCUAAUAAUUCCAUCUCACACCUUCUGGGCCAUCGGGUGGUGUUUUUGGCAGAAGAACAUUGUGAAACCGAUCUGUGCAACAGUGAUGUACCCAAGGAAGUACCCAGAGUGAGGGAUAUGAUCCGUGUCCGAGGCCAUAAUGAAAACCUCCUGAAUUGCUACUCUUGUACAGCUGCUGAUAACACCUGUAACAACCCCAGUCUCACACAGAUGCGUUGCUUCUGGCCCCAGGACAAGUGCAUAGAUAUCACCUCCUUGACAGAUCCAGGAGAAUUACCCAAGGAUCAAGAACGUAUCAAAGGCUGUGGCCAGCUUUCCUACUGCCAGGAUGCUCUGGGCUUCCAAAACCACAAGAGCUUCUACAUGGUCAAGUGUUGUAACUCCAGCUUGUGUAACAAUGAUGUGCAAGAUUACAAGCGGGCUCCCUUGCCCUUGAACGGGGUUACGUGCCACAGCUGCGAAGGAAACACCACUCACGGUUGUGCCCCGGAUAACAUCACAACGGUCCAAUGCCGAGGCCCUAUGGCUAAGUGCCUAGAAGCCUCAGGAAUCCACGGCAUCUCUGGCAACUAUUCCGUGGUCAAAGGUUGUGCAUCCCCUUCGUGGUGCGACGGUCCCUACACCUCCAUCUACAAAAACCUGGGCAGCGUAGAAACCCACUGCUGCACUGGGGAUCUGUGCAACCGCCUGAUCGUCGAUGGACAGCUAAAGCCAUCUCCAAGGAGCCAAGCCAACCACCUCACUUUGGCCCAUCACACUAUUAUGUCAUCGGGUCUCCUGCUUUUAAUCGUUUUUCUCCUUUCUUGAAGACGGGAUGCUUACUCCAGAUCUGGACCAAGUAGAACUUAGAACUAGGACCUUUUCUAUUCUCCCCAAUAUUUAAUGCAGCUGGGAAUAAGCAGGGAAUUCCUGCCGAGAGCCCCUCCUUAUGCAGGAUGUACACCUCACCCCCUUAAAGAGACCACCAUAUGUACAAAACCAGGGGUGAAGAAGAGACCGUUUUCGGGGACCAGAGUAUGUGUUGCAAGCGCUCAUGAGCCUCUGAAACUUCUCCCUCCCUUUUUCAAAACGGCCAUUUAGCCAAGCUAUCCGUGCUUCCUUGAGAAUAGUUAUUUUUCUUGCGCAGGUAGUCCUCCACUUACGACCGCAACUGAGGCCAACGUUUGGUGCGAAGCGAGACACUUGUUCAGUGAGUUUUGCCCCGUUUUACGACUUUUCUUGCCACAGUUGUGAAGUCGAUCGCCACAGUUCUUAAGUUAGCAACACGGUGGUUAAGUCCAUCUGGCUUCCCCAGUGAUUUUGUUUGCCAGAAGUUUGCCAAGUGGGGAUCACAUGACUCCCCCCGGGUUGCCAAGUGUUCUGAAUUGGAUCAUAUGACCACAGGGAUGCUACAACAGUUGCAAAUAUGAAAAAAUACCAAUAGCAACGGCACUUAGACUUAUAUACCGCUUCACAGUGCUUUUACAGCCCCCUCUAAGCGGUUUACAGAGUCAGCAUAGUUGCCCCCAAUAAUUUUGGGUCCUCAUUUUACCCAUCUUGGAAGGAUAAAUGAUCGUAAAUCACUUUUUUCAAUACCGUUGUAACUUCAAACAGUCACUAAAUGAACUGUUUUAAGUCGAGGACUACCUGCAAGAUGACCAGCAGCCAGAUCAGUAUGGAUAGCUUGGUGAAAAUUAAGUUACGUGUUGUAAAAGAAGGGCUAGAGGCUAGGAAGGCUCGUGCUUCGUGAUAUCUUGGGUUUCUGCUCAACAGGGUAGAAUAGAAUAACAGAGUUGGAAGGGACCUUGGAGGUCUUCUAGUCCAACCCCCUGCUUAGGCAGGAAACCCUACACCACUUCAGACAAAUGGUUAUCCAAUCUCUUCUUAAAAACUUCCAGUGUUGGAUCAAUGAAUGUAAGUCACGACUGCUGAAUUAUAGCAAAGGUGCUGGACACGCCUCUUGUGGGAAAAAUCCUUAUUUUUCAUAGCCGGCUGAAUAGGACAGCAUGAAAUUUCUCAUUCCUUUUAUUUAUACCUCCUCGAUGCUGUGAAGGACUCUUUUUAGCUGUUUCAACUCGUGAAGGUUGAUCCUUGUGGUCUUUUAAAAUCUGGGCGAGGCACUCAAGAGCCGUCCUUGCCUUACCUGCAAAGUUUGACUCAUCAUUGACACGAGGAGCUUAAACAAGGAGCAGCUAUUUUCCUCUUUUAGAAGUUUGUUAGCAGCGUGGAAUGGUUUCUUCCUGUUAUUUUAUUAUUUUAUAUAUCUAUUUAUGGUAAUAAAAUAUUUUUGUAACGUUCUUGUGGGCUUACUGUAUUUUAAUCCAAUUAACACUACAGACUGGUGUUCCUUCUAGAUGGAAGAUAGGAAAGAGAUUUAGAUGCCAAAGAGAAUAUAAAGGAGAAUAUUUGUAAAUUAGGGUUGAAAUGAAGUCCUUGCUGCACUCUGAGCUUGGUUGUUUUCAUACAGACAUUUUAUGACCCAACUAUAUAACAUCAUCAGUGCCAGAUGGGGGAAGAGGAGGUGUGGACUUCAACUCCCAGAAUGCUCAGAAUGGCUGGGGAAUUCUGGGAGUUGAAGUCCAUACAGCUUAUCUACGGGACCGUCUACUGCCGGCCUCUAUCUCCCAGCGUCCGGUUCCCACAGAGAGGGACUCCUCAGGGUGCCGUCAGCCAAACAGUGUCGACUGGCGGCCCCCAGGGGGAGGGCCUUCUCUCUGGGGGCUCCGACCCUGUGGAACGAACUUCCCCCCCGGGCUUCGAGAAGUACCUGACCUUAGGACCUUUCGCCGCGAACUUAAAACCUAUUUAUUUCGGAUGGCUGGACUAGCUUGAUUUUUAUCUGUAAUUUUAAUUGAAUGUGAUGGGUUUUUAAAUUUUUGUAAUUUUAUGGGGGUGUUUAUUAUUUUAAUUUUUGGGCUAAUUUAAAUCAGUUUUUUAAGGGUUGUUUUAAUUAUUGUGUAUGUCUGUAUUUUAUCUGCCUGUUCACCGCCCUGAGUCCUUCGGGAGAAGGGCGGUAUACAAAUUAAAAUAUUAUUAUUAUUAUUAUAUUGUUAUUAAAGUCACUGAAGUUGAGAAAAACGGAGGUAAGCAAAACUCUUAAAAUUAGCCCAUCUCAUUGGAGGUGG